AUGCUAGCCGCAAACAACCCCUCCAUCGCAGACAGCAUCAGACCUUACAUCCAGCCCAUGAUCAGCGCAGCCAUCUACUGCGGCCCCGUCGGCUCCGGCCUCAAGAUGAAAUACGCCGUCAACACCUUCCUCAUCACCGUGACCGUCGGCUUGGCCGAGGCCGCGAACCUGGCUUCGGCACAGGGGCUGGACCUUAACGCCUUUGGGCAGGUGCUCGAGGCUGGGCCGAUGGCCUCUGCUUACUCAAAGCUUAAAGUUGACAAGAUUCUCAGGGAGGAUUGGUCAGCUCAGGCUACCAUAAAGGACUGCUACAACAGCACUCAGCUUAUCACGGCCGCUGCGGAAGGUGCAGGCGCCGAGACGCUCCUGACCCAGUUGUGUGGCUCAUUAUACAAACGGGCGAUUGAGUCUGGGCUUGCUGAAGAAGACAUGAUAUCUGUGGUCAAGCGUCUGCCAAAAAGAGGCGAUGAAGAGUGUUGUGAUAAAAAAGGGGGCUUUCAAGGCUGA